CAAUUUUUGUAGUGAUUUUGUUUAUAAUUAUGUAUCAAUUUAUUUGAUUAUGCAGGGCAACUGAUUAAUAUAAGUGGGCAUAUAGCAUUGCUGAGAAGAUUGGUUUUGAAAUUGGGACAAAUAAGAUGAAUAAACAACUUUUGGAAAUUCAACCUAAAGAACUCAAAUUCAUAUUUGUACUGAAAAAGCAAAGCUCAUGCUCAGUUAAGCUUACCAAUAACACCCACAAUUACGUUGCUUUCAAGGUGAAAACUACUUCCCCUAAGAAAUACUGCGUACGACCAAAUGUAGGCAUUGUUAUGCCAAAAUCUGCUUGUGAUUUUACUGUCACAAUGCAAGCCCAAGGGGUAGCUCCACCAGAUAUGGUGUGCAAAGACAAGUUUUUAAUCCAAAGCACAGUUGUGCCCGUUGGGACAACUGAUGAGGACAUUACAGCUAGCAUGUUUGCCAGAGAUGAUGGUAGGUACAUUCAAGAGAAUAAGCUGAAGGUGACCCUUAUCAGCCCACCUAAUUCACCAGUAUUGUCACCAAUUAACGGGUCAUUGAAGCAGGGUCUAGCUUAUGAAGCUUCUAUACUGGAAGAUCCAGUAUCGAGAGUUCAAAUCCUCACCCCAUCAGAUAUGGCUACUAAGAAUGUGGAGGGAUCCAAGAUGGUAAAUGGCGAGGAAUUAAAACCUGCUAAAGUUGAAGAAUUAAAGCCAAGGAAGGAUACUAUUGACGGUGAGGUGUUAAAGCCAGCAAAUUAUGCAGAAUUGAAGCCUAGGAAGGAUGCUUACAGCGAGGAUGCAGGGUUGAAGCCUAGGAAGGAUGUCGUUUAUGAGGAGGAAAUAAAGCCAGAAAAAGAUGUAGAGUUUAAGCCUCUGAAGGAUGUUGUUGACAAUGAGGAAUUAAAGUCAGUAAGGGAUGCUGAGUUGAAGCCAAGGAAGGAUCUUCCUGUUGGUGAGGAGUUAAAGACAGAAAAUGAUAUAGAGUUGAAUCUAUCCGAGGAGGUGGAUGAUGGUGAAAAGUUACAGUUAAGAAAGGAUGCAGAGUUGAAGCUGAUGAGGGAAGUUGAGUCUAAAGCAAAAAAGACUGUUGAGGAGCUGAAGUUAGUUACAGACAUCGAGGACAUGAAGUCAAAACUACAUGAACUUGAAUCAAAGCUAAAUGAGGCCGAGGUGACUAUUUCAAAGCUCACAGAGGAGAGGAGAUUAAGCUUUCAAGAGAGAAAAAUGUUGCAGGCAGAAUUAGAAGUAUUAAGGAGUAAAACUGUUGUGAAGAAAGUUCAGGUGGGAUUUCCUCUUCUGUUUGUUUGCAUGGUGGCAUUCAUCAGUUUCGUGCUUGGAUACCGGCUAAUCCAUUGAAAGAGAAAUGCACAC